ACAAUACGUGGAAUUGUGUUGAUAAAUAGAAGAAAACAAGAUUGGUUUUACCUUUGUUGUAGAAAUUAGCUGUUAAACUUUACAGUUUUUGCUCGGUUUACUGAAUAUUGUACAGCAAAAUAUCUUCUUUUUAAUUGAAUUCGAUUUAACUUUUUAUCAUGUAACACUAUUAGUAGGUUUUGUGAACCAAGGCGCAGAAACUUACAAAAACUCUUCUGUAAAACUAUGACCCCUUUUUCGCAUAUUUUUUUUCAGCUUUUUCGUCUGGUGAGCCAAAAAUCUAAAGCUAUUAUGAUUAUUAAAUAACUUGAUUGCUCAUCCAAAUUUAAAAUAUUAUGUUUUUUACAUCAAAUAAAUAAUACAAGUUGUGAAAUACUUUCUGUUGGAACUAAAGUUAAAAACAAAACCAUUAAAUUACUUGUCAUUUAUAUAAACUGGGAAUGGAUUUUUCCUCUCACGCGAGUCUUUUGAAUCAGCAGCGGUCCAAUCACAGCGAAGAGAGCAGUCUCCACUCAGCCAAUCAGAAUGCAGUAUUGAAUUCGGGCAGCAGUGGGAUGGUGGGACCUUCUUCUGUCAACGUGUUCCCUUACAGGGACCCUGAGUUUGUGUUCAACCAGCGGGGAGGGGCAAGAGUCGCCCCAGCGAACAGCGAAGGUAGACUAUACCACAGUGACCAAGAGACGCCCGCGUGCAGAAUCAGAAAGUACCCCCCGUAUUCCCACUUGGCCGACAGAACAGUCAGCAGACUGAGUCCACAACUGAGGAACCCCACAAGUGUGAACAUCAGGAGCAAAUUUCAGCUAAGGAAUGAAGGGGCAAAUGAGUUGCCUGCCAGUCCACUGCUAGAUAGAAAGUCAUUCAUGAAUCAGCAGCAGCAGCCGCCGCCGCAGAGUUUCAACCAAUCCAUUCUGUCCAACACCAGCCCUAUGAUGGCGUCACAGCAUGACCCACUUUUGGGGGCCAGUAGGAAUCUGGAACAGUGCUGGGACCAGGCUACUACUCUCACUGGAACCAGUGGCGGCACCAGCUCCCUUGAGGACCCCGCCCAGUUCUACAACAGGGGAGGAAUGGGGAUGGUCAACCCGGGGGUUGGAGGGGCGUUUGGAGGUGGUGCAGGAAGAGGCUACGGAGGCUUUGCCGGGUACGGCAUGGGAGCGGGCAUACAACCGACUGGAAAGAAAGGCGACAAAAGCAGUGGAGCUGAGGAGUUCUAUAUCGAUACCAAUUUCUCGGCAGACGAUGACAAUCGAGUUCCAAUCUUGGACAGGUGUUUCCCGCCUUUCGUGUCAACAGUGGCAGUGAUAGUGACCUUGGCCACCCCUGUUCUUUUCGCCCUUCUGCCAUCGUUCCUGUGGAGUGGACCGGGAGGGAGGGUGGUCAAAUGCGAUGACCUCUGUACCUCCAUCUACCUGACCAUGACCUGCAAAGUGUUCAUCCUCGCAAUUGGAUGCUGGGCCCUUCAUCUCAGACGCCCCAGAGCUCAUCUACCCUGCAACAGUAUCGUGGUGCGCAAUACAGACGGAGAGAGUAAAUUCUACAGUGUGGGUAGACUGAGCAUCCAGAACAGUGCUCUGUGGAUUCUGCAGAACUACUACAGAGACUUCCCAAUCUACAACCCAUACCUACUCAAGGUUCCGUCCCGAAAAUCAGACGCCGCCGGCAACAACUCUGGCACUAAGUAUCAAGUCUACGACAUCGACGGAACCCCGGGGCCCACUUCAUCCAACACUGCCACGACCCCUGGACAACCUGGCGAUGCCUCCCGUAGCGCAGCAGCAGCAGCAGCAGCAGCGGCGGGUGGAUCCACAAGUCUCAUUUCAAACUCCCGUGCUAUCAUGGCGGCCAGUGCGCGGCGGCGGGAGUGGAGUAGAAACGAGAGAUUCUACGAGGAGCAAGAGUAUGAAGUGAAGGUGUCCAAGAGGAGAGCGAGGCUUAUUGUGGCUGUGGAGGAGGCUUUCUAUCAUAUAAGACGCUGUGACAACAACGACACCCGCUCCAUGCUCACUCUGUCCUCUAGAGAUGCAGCAGUGGCCAUCUGGCCCAGCAUGGCCCGUGCUCUCCUCAAGUACCUGCGAGUGACUAGACAGACUCACCUCUACCGCCAAUCAGACCUGUUGGAGCAUCUUCAAUCGUGCAUCACUUUGAACUUCACCCCGCGUGCUUUUCUGGAGAAGUUUCUGAAGCCUGAGCCUGUGGUGACUGAUCAUACCAUGUCCAAUUCAUGGGAGCUUGUGUCCAAUUUUGUACCCAACAGACCAUUGCAGGAGGGCAUGGUGUUCCAGCUGAAGCAGGAAGCCCUGUCUCUCAUCGUGUAUGUGGCCAGAGUGCCCAUGUUCAACAUAUCGGAGAGGCCAUUUGACUCCAGCAGACACGACAGGAGAUUCUACCUUUCCUACUUCAACCAACACAACACUACCGGUUCGCAUCACCAAACUGCCGCAAAUGUCAAUCAGCACGCGAUCAACAACCUCAGUCCGCAGAACACUCCAGUUUAGCCAGAGAGAACAUCCGAAAUUACUUCAGUUGGAAUCUGAUUCAUGACGUGAACAAAAACGAUGACACAUUUACCAAUUGAGAGACGCUGUCUCCAAAUCAAUGCAAGUCAAUUUUCAAACUUGCUGUAAAUUGGUUUAAAAAAAACUGCCAUUUACGACGGCAUUUGGAGAAUUAUAUGCGGUUCAACAAGAAAAUCGUUUCACACAAAAACUCGGAGAUCAUUAGAUUUUGCUGAGAGCGCAGGAUUCCGGAUUUCAGAAGCCACAAAAACUCAGUUUGGUUUAAAAUUUUAAAACGACAAUGCGGCAAAGCGACAGUUUUAUUAAUUAAUGUUUGUUCUGAAGAAAUCGUAGGUUAGAUCAUCGACAAAUUAUCGCCUUAAUUAAAACAAUGCUUUGUGUGAUUUUAGUUAAAAUUGUGCUAACUAUCUUAGCUAGAAUCUGGAUGUUAAAAAGACUACGUUAUUCUAAUAUAAUGUUUUUCAAAUCUUUCUUUAAACCUCUCAGUGAAGUUUAGCUUGGUCAUUUUUUUCAUGCCGC